CUGAGGAACAGUCAGCUGGUAGCUGCGACUGUGAACUACGUCAACAACAUGUUCACUUCAACUACGAAAUAUCAACGGCCAACUUUAAAAUGAGUGCACUAGGGUGGGACUCCACGAAGCUGGCAGACUUUAUGUAACGAUCGACCGCGGCGGAUUUCAAAACCCAUGAACGGGAGGGCUUUAUUGUCCUAGCCCGUUGGCUAACGUUAGCUAUUUGUUUGGCGAGUGAGUUAACGACAUGACAACUCGAGAGAUGUCAUCACGGCAAAAAUACCGUCGCCCGCCGCCAAGUUUCAGACAGGACGAUGACUCGGACUCGGAGGAGAUUUUCCUGGGACUGAGGAGGCUGGACGGGCGGAAGCCUCAAAUCAUCCACAGUGGACACUUCAUGGUGUCCACGCCACACUGCGAGCACCCGCCGAAGAAAGGCUACGACUUUGACACGGUCAACAAACAGACCUGUCAGACUUAUCAUUUCGGCAAAGCGAGCAUGUCACAGUUCUCCAUCGACGCGUCGCUCACCAAACUCUUUGAGUGCAUGACUCUGGCCUACAGCGGGAAGUUGGUUUCUCCCAAAUGGAAGAACUUCAAAGGUCUGAAGCUGCUUUGGAGAGACAAGAUCCGCCUAAACAAUGCCAUUUGGAGAGCUUGGUAUAUGCAGUAUGUGGAGAAGAGGAAGAAUCCUGUCUGUCACUUUGUGACUCCCCUUGAUGGAAGUACAGACUUGGAUGUCCAUCGUCCUGCUGAGAGCCUUGUCUCAGAGGGGAAAUACUGGAAAAGACGAAUUGAAAUUGUAAUAAGAGAAUAUCACAAAUGGAGAACAUACUUCAAGAAAAGGUUGCAUAAGCACAAGGAUGACGACCUCUCAAGCUUGCUUAAGGGAAAAGAGGAGCAGAUGUCGAUGUUUGGGGAAGUCUCUCCAGACAUGCUCCGUUUCUCCUUUUGUCAGGAUGAAGAGACCUUUGCGCGGCGUGCACCUCGUAAGCAUGCAGAGACACCUGCGCCCAUGGAGCUGGAAAGCCUCUUCGACAUGGAUGUCCUGAUGUCUGAGUUUUCAGACACGUUGUUCUCAACGUUGGCCUCGCACCAGCCGAUUCCGUGGCCCAACCCAAGGGAGAUUGCUCAUGCAGGCAAUGCAGACAUGAUCCAACCAGGACUGAUUCCCCUACAGCCCAAUCUAGACUUCAUGGACUCGUUUGAUCCACUGCAAGACUUAUUUCACAGCCUCCGUCAGCCCGUCUUCCCCUCUGUUUCCCCCACUGCAUCAUCUACCCCUCUAUCCAGCAGCAGUUCUCAGUCACAGGCCCAGUUAAUGUCAUCCAUGCAGCUCACCACCAACCACAUCUCCCCUCCCGGCCUCCUGCCGCUCCCCUCUCCCAUGGUCAGUCAAACCAGUCAAACAGGUGGUGAUGGAAGCGGCGAUGCUAGUACCUAUGCUCAAAACUACAUGCCACUAUUUCCUGGUCAGGUUGUGCCUGGCGAUCGAACUGUUUCUGCUGUCUCUCAACAAUUAUCACAUGAUCAUCUGGUGCAGUGCUUACCAGGUCAGGAUAUGGCCUCAGCAGCACCAAUGGUGCCCCCACCUUUGGACACCACCUCUGUGCUAGAUGAGACUGUAGCACCUUCAGUAAUUACACACACCACCUCCUCUGUUGUUACACCCAGCAACACACCACCCACCAUCUGCCACGGGUCAGAGUACGCUUCCAUAUCCACGCAACAUCCGCCAUCCCAACUCCAGCCGUUGGCUCCAUUACCCACCACUCCUGCACAGCAACCUCAGUCUUUUGCCCUACCUCGCCCCUUUCAACCAUCCACUGCCAACAAAACCCGCCCUGUGCAAAGGAUUGCUCCUGCCAACACCCUCCCCGCUCCCCACCUCAUCUUCACAGCGCCAUUCCCAGGUUCUGCCAAGGCUUUAAUUGUUACGCCAACGCCUCUGAAAGCAGAUGUCGUCCCUAACUCUGGAGUUGUCAUUGCUUCGUCUCAUCUAGGAGGGGCUCCAGGUUUUCAUGUUGUAUCUCAGACGCAGACCUCUCCCCAACCGAUUGUCCCCAAACAAAAGUCCUAUUCUUCCAGCCGCAAAAACCAGAAAGCUUCCUCCAGUGCUGAUCACAACCAGCCAGGACCUGGUCCAGGGACAUCGUGCUUGUUAGAUCAAAUUCCCAGUCCUCAGUCACUUAUCAGCAGCAGCAGUAGCAGCAGCAACAGCAGCAUAGCUCUGAUAAAGAAUGAACAAAAUCAGAGCUGGAGGACAACGCAUAUAUCUGCUGAGCAAAAGAGACGAUCAAACAUAAACAUCGGCUUUAAAACGCUCUGCAGUCUGGUUCCCACACUGAAGUCUCAGUCAAAUAUCAGCAAUGCAGUUACUUUGCAGAAGACAGUGGAUCACAUUGGGAAGCUCCAGCAGGAGCGGCAGCAGAUGCAGGAGGAGGUCAGGAGGCUGCGGGAGGAGAUCGAGGAGCUCAACACCUCCAUUAACUUUUGUCAGGAACAGCUGCCUGCGACAGGAGUGCCCGUAAAGCGGAAUCACCUGAGCCACAUGCAGGAGAAGUUUAAUGAAUAUGUGAAGAGCCGAACUCUUCAGAACUGGAAGUUCUGGAUCUUCAGCAUCAUUAUCAAGCCUCUCUUCGAGUCUUUUAACGGGAUGGUGUCAACUACGAGCAGAGCAGAGCUGUAUCAGACCACGCUGGAAUGGCUCGAUCGUCACUGUUCACUUCCCGUGCUCAGACCGAUGGUGCUGAGUACCCUUCGUCAGCUGAGCACAACAACGUCCAUUCUCAGUGAUCCAUCCCUGUUGCCAGAAGAAGCCAUGCAGGCUGUUACACAUGGAGAUGUGUAGUAGGUGAGGUGACCUGAAGUCCACCGGAACCUUUUUAUCAGCUGUCAAAUAAAAAGUGGCACAUCACUGCUUCACCUUAAAGCCACUGAGCAAUGUCUUCCACAGGCCCACGCCGGCCAUACAUUUGUCAUCCUGUACAUUGUUCCGUAGGAGUGAGACACUCAACAUGAGUUGUGCCUUUGACAACACUUUUAUAAUUUUAUAUUUGAAUGACAGCAGCUAUUGCUACCUUUACCUGUUUGAGGUGAAGGUCUUCUGAAUACUUUGUUGGUGGAUGGUACUCGUGGUUUGCCUUUUGAACAUUAGUAUGUUUUAAAUUCGACUUUUGACUUUUACAGUGUGUUAAAGCGUCAUUGUGUUAAAAAGGGAAAUGUUGAGUCGUUCAUUUUGUGUUCUCUCUCAGAUGUAUAGUAAGUGUUAUAAUAUGGGGUUGUUGUUUUUUUAAGGAACAGUUGGUAGCAUAGUUUGGGUUUGUGUCCCAGAAAAGCUUCACAAGAUAAUGCAAAUCACCUGAAAACCUAGCGCAGUACAUUGAAUACUGCAUCAGUGCCAGGAAGAUGAGAGCUUUAUUGUCAUCUCUCUUUUACUCAGGUGAUUGUUCUCUUGCCAGAUAAUGGCAAUGGAUGUCUGGUGGUCUCUCUAUCCAUGCUUCGCUUGUUCUGCCCAUUUCAGGUGAUUUAAACUGCAAAUCACUGAGAAAGCAGUAACUUUGAUUACAUGGGUUUUUCACUGGGCAUAGUGGAGCAAUACUACAGCCCUCAUAGGGAGCAUACUUGAUAUAUAGCAGUACAGCCUAUAAAUAUACUAUUUUCACAUGUACAGUGUUACGAGAGCUUAACUGAAUGCACAGUAGCUGUAGCUGUCGUCUUUUUUUUUUGUCGAUCACUCAGGGUUGCGCUGGUGAGUGUCACUGUUUUCGUCCCAGUUCAGACCUGGUAUUAACAUUCGUCCUGAGCGCUCGUAUUUGGGAUGGCUCGAUAUCAAUUUCUUGCUUUUUCAUGUAUGAUACCAUUACGAUAUCACAACCUAUACAGUGACAUAUCGUGACACCAAAUUCAGCAAUUCACCAAGUAUUGAUUUUUUAUUUUUAACUGAUGUUUCCCACCCCUACCACUGACACAAUAUUGACACCGAUUGCCAUAUGAUUUAUUUUUCUCAAAUGGUUGAUACUUUUUUUUUCGUCAGCGAGAUGAAAGAAAUACACUCGAGCUCCUCUCAUCUCUGUUGCUUUCUGAUGCAGGUAGCACACUUUUUAAAAUGUAACUAAACCGUACUUGGCGUUGUAACUACAUGCACAGAGGACAAACAUUAAUGCCAGGUCUGAACAGGUCCUUCCAUUUAGCUUUCAACACACCCAGUCAGGGUGUUUCCUCAGCAGGAAAACCCUUUUGUCUAAGGAUACUGGUCACCACACUAAUUUCCGAUGUUUUUUUUUCUACCAAACAUGAGAGUAAAGGUUGAAAUAAAGCCAUAGCAAAGCAUUGUUUACUCUCAUCUGCUGUGUUACUGACAAUGUAUUUGACAAAGCACACUUAAAGAGUUUAAGAAUAAGGCAGCAUGGAAGUGAAAGCACUCACUCCUCAGGCUGAGGGAGAUUUUGUUGUUUUUCCUUUACCUUCUGCAGAACAACUUAACUUUAUUCUUGAGCCUCACGGUCGCAGAAGGCACCACUUCUAAUUUGAUGAAUGAGCAUUUAGAUUUGUCUGCAUUCUUUUAUUGUGGAGACCAGCGUCUUAUAAUGGGAUACAUUUUGAUUUAUCGUAACAUAAAAAUAAUUUGCCUUUUUGUCUGCCGUUUACUUCACAACUUCUAACGGUGGAGGCAUUUAUCCAAAUUCAACACUUCAACAGCACAAACAGUGCAGUCUGAUUAUUGUGUUGCAAACUAAAUGCUUCCAGCUCAUUUUACCUGAUAUCUUUUUACUACUGUCAGAAAAUAAGGUGCACCUCUGAAUGCAGCUAUGAUGUCAUGUUUGAAAAUGAUAUGGUUUUUGAUCAUUACUCACUGUGCUGUAUGACAAAAGCCCCAAUGUUCUACUGCAGCUGGGCAAUAGUGUGUGUUUGUUUUUUGUUUUUUUUAUUGUUGUUUUUUUUUUUUAAUCAUCUGAUGAUUUUAAAAUCUUACCGGGUUGGAUUUCUCUUUUUUUGCUGUUGCUGUGAGAUGUUUUUAUUGCUAAUUGGGGUUUCCCCAAAUUUCUUAAUAUUUGUGAGUCAAAGUGAGUGAAAAUAUUUUCUUAUGUGUCCCCUCCCCCAUAGUUCCCGAACAACUUUUCAAAAUGCCUUAAAAAAAAAACUGAGUCACAAUAAAAGCGACAAAAAAUAUGA